UGUGCAGGGCUCAACGCUGUAGAAAUUAUCAGGUUGCAUUUCUUUCAGCUUCAUUCGCUUUUUUCGCUCAGAUCUGCGGCUCUUUCUCCACAACCGGACUCACAUCGGCAGAAUGAAGCUUUCAGUGGCGGUUUUGGUACUUUUUGUGUCUGUAACAGUCUGUGUUGACGCCACGGUCUACUUCAGGGAGCAGUUUGCAGAUGGAGAUGGAUGGAAGAGUCGCUGGCUUGAAUCGAAGCACAAGUCGGACUAUGGUCAGUGGAAACUGACUGCCGGGAAGUUCUAUGGGGAUCCUGAAGCUGAUAAAGGUAUCCAGACCAGCCAGGAUGCCCGCUUCUAUGCCCUGUCAGCCCGCUUUGAACCUUUCAGCAAUGAGGGAAAACCCCUGGUCGUCCAGUUCACUGUCAAGCAUGAGCAGAAGAUCGAUUGCGGAGGCGGCUACGUCAAGAUCUUUCCUUCUGACCUUGACCAGAGCGACAUGCAUGGAGACUCACAAUAUUACAUCAUGUUUGGGCCUGACAUCUGUGGCUACAGCACUAAGAAAGUUCAUGUAAUCUUCAAUUACAAGGGCCAGAACCAUCUCAUCAAGAAAGACAUCAAAUGCAAGGAUGACGAGCUGACCCAUUUGUACACACUGAUUCUUAACCCAGACCAGACAUAUGAAGUGAAGAUUGACAAUGAGAAAGUGGAGUCUGGUUCUUUGGAGGAUGACUGGGACAUGCUCCCCCCAAAGAAGAUCAAGGACCCAGAGGCCAAGAAGCCAAGUGAUUGGGACGACAGGGCCAAGAUUGACGAUCCCAGCGACACCAAGCCUGAGGACUGGGAACAGCCAGAAACCAUCCCUGAUCCUGAUGCUAAGAAACCUGAUGACUGGGAUGAGGACAUGGAUGGAGAGUGGGAGCCCCCCAUGAUCACCAAUCCAGAAUAUAAGGGGGAGUGGAAACCCAAGCUGAUCGAUAACCCUGACUACAAAGGAGCCUGGGUUCAUCCUGAGAUCGACAACCCAGAGUACACUCAAGAUGCCUCCAUGUACAAGUUUGACAAGAUUUCUGUUCUGGGCCUGGAUCUGUGGCAGGUUAAAUCUGGAACCAUCUUUGAUAACUUCCUCAUCACCGAUGACAUCAAGGAAGCGGAGGAGUUUGGGAAGGAAACAUGGGGGGCUACCAAGGGACCAGAGAAGAAGAUGAAGGAGGAGCAAGAAGACAUGGAAAGGAAGCUGAGAGAGGAGGAGGAAAAGAGCAAGAAGAAGGAUGCUGAGGAUGAGGAGGACGAUGACGAUGAGGAAGGGGUCAAGGAGGAUGAGGAGGGGGAGCUUGAUGCGGAAACAGAUGAAUAUGAUGGUCUAGAGGAGGAGGAAGAGGACGUCAAACAGAAGGAUGAGUUGUAGUAUAGAGGAGGCAGUGUGCUCCUCCAGACAGGAACUCAAACCUUAACAGACUUUUCUGUCAUAUGAUGGAGGGUUGGGGUGGUAUCUUUUUUUUUUUCACAUUAGAGGAACGUUUACAUGUUUUCUUGUUUUUGUUUUUAUUUUAUUUGUUUGUGUCUGCUUUGGGCUUUGAUGGCAAAUCUUGUUAAUUUAAUGAUGUGUGUGUGUGUGUGUGUGUCAGAAACCAGUUCCUUUUUAAAUUGUUUUUCAUUCCUGUCUUUCUGUUAAAUGGGGUGAGUGAUUUUUUUUUUUGUACUUUUGAUUGUGUGAAGUAAUUUUUUUCCCCUAAUUUAUUCUCAUUAGUCCAUCACAGAUGCAUUCGUACAGUCAUAUGUUCCUCCUGUAACACUGUUUUAUUUACCCUAACAGGAACUUGAAACAAACUGCACUGAGUCAUGGUGAGCUCCUGUUGCAGGUCCUUAUCUCUUUGGAGGUUAAAGUUUAAGCUGCUUUCAUACGUGCUCUGGAGUUCUGAAAUAUUCUGGAGCGGUUUUACAAAUGUCUGCAACAUUCACUCCUGACUUUCCAACCAGGCUUCAAAA